CCGGGCAGCGCCCCGGGCAGCGCCCCGGGCAGCGCCCCGGGCAGCGCGGCCAGGUCGGCUGGGGCGCCAGCGCCGGCGCCGGCGCCGCCGAGCUUGGGCGACCCGGUGGAGGUCUGGAGCGCGUCCGAGGGGCUGUGGCACCGCGACGGCACCGUUGUCAAGGUGGCUGGCGGGUGCACCUUCCACCGCGGCGAGCUGCUCGCCGAGGGCUCGCUCCGCGUGCGCUAUCGCGGCGGCUCGCGGCUGGCGUGGGUGGCGCCCAGCGAGUUGGCGUGCCUCCGCAGGCCGGACACCGUUGGCGUGCAUCCGCGGGCGCAGGCGAGCCUCCGCAGCAGUAGCGGGCCUGAGGAGUGGGGCAGCCCUGGCGCCUCAGCCGCGGCCAGCACGAAUGCAUCGGCCCUCGAUGUUUCCGGCUGGUCGUGCCCCGGGAGUCCCAGAAGGGUCGUGCCCACAGGGCUCGAGGCCGAAGCGACUGCAGCCCAUGGCGUCCACCGAUCCCCGAGCUUGGAGAGCGACGCGACUGCUGGCUUCGGCUCCUGCCACGCCUCUGACCAUGGCGGCCGCGCGAGGUCGAGUCAGGAGACCGUCUUCAACAUGAGCGCUCGAGCCGAUGGCUCCGUCCAGCGGGCUGCCCCAGGCGCUCUGGAGAGCCGCGGCCCCGCGGCCACAGUGCGGGACAUCUGCCUGAGGAUGGGCCGGGAGCCGCCGCCCGGAGGGGGCUGCCCCGCGUUCGAGCUCUCGGCGUUCGUCUGCCUCGACGUGCCCUCUGACGGCGACUGCUUCUUCGAGGCCUUUGCGCGGGAGGUUGCCAGGGUUCGCCGAGCGCCCUCCCCGGGCAGCGUCGAGGCGUUGUCGGCGGCGAUGACGGGGGCGGAGUUGCGGCGAGAGUACGUGCACUGGCUUCAGAACUCUGUCUCAGAGGGCACGCAGUUUGAUGGGGUGUGCGUGGACACGCUCGUGCAGGCGGUAGCUGGCGUACCCCUGCGGGACUACAUCCAACUGAUGCGCUGUGCUUCCAGCACCGACAGGAGAACGUGGGGCGGAUUCCUGGACUGUUGCUUCCUUUGCGAGACACACGGCCUGAGCGCCGAGAUCUACGAGCGAACAGAUCAGGGCUACUGCUUAUUGGUCCGCUGUGGACAGAGAGCCGCCGCCGACCCCCUCAGGCUGGCAUGGCUGCGCACGCACUUCAACGUCUUGCAGCGCGUGUAGAGAGUUAGUCUAGGAUUGAGACUGCGCUUCUGCUUCGGAAUCUGAAGCGGAACACAUUCACGACGAUGACGCUACAUCCGCCGACGUUACGUGUGUCUUCAUGUUGCGAAGCACAUGGCGGCACAGGAUCAGGUGG